GUGGGGCUGCCCCUUCCCGUGCCAAACACCUGCAGCAAAGGUUCACCUCUGCUGAAGGAGGACCCAGCACACAGCCAGGUGGAGCCAGGUGUGCAACCACUGGGACCUGCCUCUGAAGGACAUGAAAAUUUCCCUCCCAAAAAUGCAAUAACUGACCAAGAGAGCAGCCAACAGAUAGAGCAGCUGGAAUUUGAACUCAAGAAAAAGCGCAAAAAAUGUGAAAACCUUGAGCAUGAAGUGAGGAAAAAGCAUAAAAGAUGCAAAGAAUUGGAGAUCCAGCUGCAGGAGGUACAGAGUGAAAAUGCACGACUGGCUGAAGAGAACUUGCAGCUGAAUGAGAAGGCUGGAUGGGCAGGACAGGUUGAAUCUGAGAAUGCUGACCUGAAAUUGCAGGUUGUUUUGGUUACUAAGGAACGGGAUUCAGUAAUUCAGACGAAUCAAGGACUCCAAAGCAAGCUGGAGAAUCUCGAGCAGGUGCUGAAGCACAUGAGAAAUGUGGCUGAGCGGAGGCAGCAGCUGGAAGUCGAGCACAAGGAAGCGCUGCUAGUCCUGCAGGAGAAGCAGGAGGAGGUCAGGCGGCUGCAGCAGGCACAGGCAGAGGCAAAAAGAGAGCAUGAAGGAGCAGUGCAGCUUCUAGAGGCCCGGGUGAAGGAUCUAGAAGAGCAGUGUCGCAGUCAAACAGAGCAGUUCAGCCUCCUGUCUCAGGAACUCCAACAAUUCCGCCUGCAAACGGGAAAAAUCGACCUGCUCACCUCUACCCUGGUGACUUCUGAGCUCCCCCUUGCUCUGUGCAGCUCUACCCCACAGCCCCCCUGGGAGAAGGAAUUGGCUGUUCCUGGGUUGCUCACUCACCAGAGUGCAAAGAAGGUUCACCAUGAGGGGACCGAUGAGCUGGAGUCGUCACAGCGGUUGCCUCAUGCUGCUGCUGGCUCCCCGCUUGCUGCUGCCGGUUCUCAGAAACAAGCAAAGAAAGUGGAAUCUCAGUCAAACUCUUCAAAAUCAGAAUCCAUGCAGAACAGUCCAAAAUCCUGCCCAACUCCAGAGGUGGACACUGCAAGUGAAAUGGAAGAGCUGGAUGUUGACAGCAUCUCUCUAAUGCCAGAGCCAGGCAGCCAAGGGCCUGCAAAGCUCCAGGUGUUCCUAGCUCGAUACAGCUACAAUCCUUUUGAUGGGCCUAAUGAAAACCCAGAGGCAGAGCUUCCACUGACUGCUGGAGAGUAUAUUUACAUCUAUGGGGACAUGGAUGAAGAUGGCUUCUUUGAAGGGGAGCUGAUGGACGGCCGGCGGGGGCUGGUCCCCUCCAAUUUUGUUGAGCGAGUUUCAGAUGAUGACCUCGUGACGUUUCUGCCCUCGGAGCUCAACGACCUCACCCAUAGCUCAUACCAGGAGAAAAGUUUUGUCAGUGCAAGCACCAGCAGUGGGGAUAAGAGUGAUUUCUCCAUUGAAGAGAGUAGCAUCAGCCCGUUGGCCAGUAGAGCAGAAGGAGACCAGGAGGAACCUGUUAGUCAUACAGCAGUGCCUUACCCGAGAAAACUGACUUUGAUCAAGCAGCUUGCCAGAAGCGUAGUUGUAGGCUGGGAACCGCCACUUUUGCCAGCUGGCUGCCCAGACAUACAGAGCUACAACAUCUACGUGGAUGAAGAGCUACGGCAGAACGUCAAGAGCGGCUUCCAGACCAAAGCAGUGAUUGAGAAGCUGGACUUAAAGGCAAAGUCUUACCGUGUCUGUGUGCAGGCUGUGACAGAGCAAGGCGGCUCUGACAAACUGCGAUGCACUUGCUUUGUGGGCCGAGAUUCUUGCGUGGCACCCACUAUGCUGAAGGUCAGAAGCAUCAGUGCCACGUCAGCAGAGGUCACCUGGCUGCCCUCCAACAGCAACUACAGCCACGCAGUGUAUCUCAAUGGGGAGGAGUGUGACACCACCAAGCCCGGGGUGUACUGGCACAGCUUCCGCAGCCUGCAGCCCAGCACUCAGUACGUUGCCAAGCUGGAGGCCCGGCCCCUGAAAACACCUUGGGAAGAGGUGCCAGAGGGGCAGGAGCAGAACUCAGCUGUGAUACACUUCACUACCCCACUAGCAGGAACACCUGAUGCUCCUUUGGAUGUCCAGGUGGAAGCUGGUCCCUCGCCAGGUAUCCUUGUUAUCAGCUGGUUACCUGUCACCAUUGAUGCCGAAGGGUCUUCCAACGGCGUCCGAGUCACGGGUUACGCCGUGUAUGCCGAUGGACAGAAGGCAAUAGAAGUUACUUCUCCAACAGCUGGGAGUGUCCUGGUGGACUUGUCUCAGCUUCAGAUGUUCCAGGUGUGCCGGGAGGUGUCUGUGAGAACGAUGUCUCUUUACGGGGAGUCGGUGGAUUCAGUCCCAGCCCAGAUCUCCUCGGUCUUGCUGCGAGCCUCUCCCCGCUCUUCCCCUUCAGCCUCUGCUCUUUCUACCACAUUUACCUCUAGACUGCCCCGUGGGGAAGCCAGGGGCUCUCAGCCUGCACACAGCCUCCCUUUACAGCACACAGCUGCAGCCCUGCUUCGACACAAAGCUCCCACUGAUAGCUCAGAUGCCAAAUUGACUGAUGUCUCCUCCAGCCACGACGACUCAGGGCGAUCUCUGCCUGACAAAGCCUCUUCACCACUGCACCUCUCCUCUCCCAGUCCUUCCUUGGUGCAAGCUUUAGGCACUUCCCCACAGGGACCAGACACUGCACGAGACAAGAAAUGCCUGAGUGUGCCUCCUCAGCAAGCUGGCAGCACAGCCCUCCCUGGUGAGGGCACAGAGCCUGGCCCUUCAGUGGAAGCAGAAUGGCAAGGCCUGGAUGAAGGGACAGAGGUGCAGAUGGAGCAAUCUGUAACCAAAGCACCAGAACUGGAAAGCCCCUUUAACAGUAGUCUGAAGGUACAUAUGGAGACCUGCCAUGCAUGCUCUGUGGAAGAGACACCAAAAGAUCCCAGUGCUGAAAGAGAGGAGGAGGCAAAUGAGAAGCACGUGAGCCCAGAGCCUCUGCCCUCCCUUAGCCAGGCUGAGGGACCAGAGGACACCUUCCAAGAUGCAGUCACUGGUGGGAGUAGCUGUCAGGAGUUCCUGAGGUUGUCCCCUGGCAAGGAGGUGAUGAAAGAAACGCCCAGAGUGAAAAGAGAGCAAGAAGAAAAACCGUGUGAAGUAGGACGCCGACAGCUGCUGCUCUUCGCUGAGCACAGCCGUAGCUCUGACCUGUCAGAUAUACUGGAAGAGGAGGAGGAAGAUGAACUGUCUUCAGAAGCUCUGGAAGAGAGGAAAUGGGACCAGAGAGACCCAUGCUCCAGAGAGAAUGGGGAGAAGAUGGAUCUUUGUGAUACUGACAGCGACGAGGAGAUUCUGGAGAGGAUACUGGAGCUCCCCCUUCAGAAGAACCACAGCAAGAAAUUGUUCAGCAUCCCUGAAGUGACUGAGGAUGAGGAUGAAGAUGAGGAUGAUAAGUGUGCUAGGGAGGAAAAGGCAGACCCUCAAGACUCUUUGGAAGCACUUAGCUACCAUUCAGGAAGGACAGAGAAGCUGCUCAAGGCCAAGGAAGCGUUUCUGAAGGCAGAUGGGAGUGACACCUCCCCAGAUGUGCCUGCUCAGGCUCCACAGGAGGAGCACGGUGUUAGGCAGAGCAGAGAGGAUGCUGAGCAUGCAAAUCCUGCCUUUGGCCAUCUGACCUGGAGUCAGAAGAAGGCAAACUGGGACUGGGGCUACCAGGAGAACGAUCCAAAGGCUGGGACUGGGGCAAGUCCCACUUGGAGCAAGAAAAAGGGCAAUAAUUAUCGAGAGAGGAUGAGGAGUCGGCCUGAGACAGGGAGGAAGAGACAGAAUGAUUUAACAGAGCACUGCAGUCGUCUGCUGGGCAACUGUAGCCAGAUGGGAGGUGGCCUAUACAGAGCUCCCAGCCUCAGGGAAGAGCUGAACAUUGUGAGCAGUGCUGGUGGUAAGGAGGGGUUUGAUCUGUACAGUCGUGCCAGACAAGGCACCUCACGGAAAGGUGCCCCAAGAGCAGUGGCUCCAGGGUUUGUGGAACCUGCUGUGAUGGGAACACGCUGCUCCAGCCCCAGGAGCCUGGAAAUAGACAUCGAAUACGACUCUGAAGAUGAUCAGGAUUCGAGCUGUGCGUCCCCCCCUGAGAGCAGGCCGUGGCCAGAGAGGUCCCAGAGCUCUCAAGGGGACUGGAGUGAUUGCUCCAGUCAAUCUGAGGUUGCUCCCACAGAUGGCAGAAGGGACCUGACCAGGCUGGAGGUGAUGGAAGAGCAGGGUAUGGAGUGGGCUGGGUCACGGGGCCGGCGCCUGCAGCUCUUCAGCCAGGAGAAGGAAGCACUGAGAUGUGAGAGCAGUUCUGAGGAGCAGGGCUGGGAGCUGGACUGUAAGUCACCUGGCUGGAGAAGGAGGCUCGAACAUCCUUCGAAGGGGAUACGUAGCAGCUCUUUGCACAAAAGGGCAUCUGGUAAGAGAGAUCCUAGGGGCCAGGAGCUGCCUGGCACUGGCCCCUGGCAGGCUCCCAGCAGGAGAGGCAACAGGAACGUAAGAAGAAGCCAAAUGCAGAAACCUUUGCUCUCUCCUCCAGGCCCUCCAAGGAGCAGCACUUCAGAAACCUCUGUUAAAGAUGAUGGCAUUAGAGUAUUUGUGGCUCUCUUUGACUACGACCCCGUGUCGAUGUCUCCUAACCCUGAUGCAGCAGAAGAGGAGCUCCCAUUCAAGGAGGGACAGAUCCUGAAAGUGUGUGGAGACAAAGAUGCUGAUGGCUUCUACAGGGGUGAAUGUGCAGGAAGGGAGGGAUACAUCCCCUGCAACAUGGUGUCAGAAGUCCAGGUGGAGAACAAUGAAAUGAAGCAGCAGCUCCUAAAGCAAGGGUUCCUGCCUGCUGACACACCAGUGGAGAGCAUAGGAAAUGGCACAUUUUCUCCACCUCCACGUCGCCCAAGCGUCCCUCCUCCAAAACCCAGACGCUCCAGGAAAGGGCUGGACAAGCAGGAGAAGUACAAGUCUCAGACAGGACAGAAGCAGAAAGACUUGGAAGCUGAGCUGCUGACUCCUCGAAGCAUGGUGGCUGUCUUUGACUAUAACCCUAAGGAGAGCUCUCCAAAUGCAGAUGUUGAGGCAGAACUGACUUUCAAUGCUGGGGAUGUUAUCACUGUGUUUGGGUCCAUGGAUGAUGAUGGAUUCUAUUAUGGAGAGCUGAACCAGCAGAGAGGGCUUGUCCCCUCCAAUUUCUUGGAAGCUGUGACUUCAGACAGUGGCACCAUUGAAGAACUUCAUUCAAAAGAUAAAGAAGCUUUUCCACUGAGUGCUGAGAGCCAGUUUAAUCCAGAUGGGUCUGUUGGUCCCAGCGACUCCUCACCAACUCCUCCACCACCUUCCUGCCUUGCUGGGGGUGAGCUGUGUGGAGAACAGGCAUCACUGGCUGUUCUCAGCUGCAGUGAUGGACCUGGUCAGAGUAAAAAGAAGAGAGGCUUCUUCUUCAAAGGGAAAAAGCUCUUCAAAAAACUUGGGUCCAGUAAGAAAACUUAACAAGGGGUUUGUUGUUGUGUAAAGGCUGCCUGGGCAGCCCAGGCAGGGACUGACCCUGGGGGAGAAGCCCUCUGCAAUAAGCUGAUUGGAGUAUUUUCAUAGGGGGAAAAGUGGAUGUAGGAUAGAGAAAGCUCUUCAGUGGGGGUGUGAGCUGUGGUCUGUGCUGAGAGCCCCGUGGCUGCCCUCCCAGUGUGGGCACUGGCUCUGCACUCACGGCACUGGGGCGUGCGAGGCCUCAGCUCGAGGAUGCAGCUCCCUCCACAGCAGUGUCCCCUGCUCCAUGCAGCCCUCAAUGCACCACUUCCCUGUAAAUAUUUUAACUUCAAGGUUCUAUCCUGGCUGUAAGUUAGCUAAAUGGCUUUUCCCAGCAAAGCCCUGGCCCCUUAGGAAGAGAUCCCUUGUGCUACACCCCCCGGUGUUUCUCUGGUCUACGGGAGGUUGUGGCAGCUCCUUCACUUCCUGCAAAGGCAAUUUGCACUUUUCUGGUCCUGUGAAUCCCCCUUUUUUUUUGCUGUCUCUGGGCUGAAGAGUGAGUUGAUUUGUACUGUAAACCUGUAAAUAUGCAGCUGUGCCUGGGAGCAUCCCACACUGCCUCAGCCACGUCCCAGCACCGGGGUUUCCCCCGAGGAAGGAGGUUGCUGAUGCUCCCCGAGGGCUGGGCUGCUGUCAGCUGCUCCUGGCUGCUUCCCCUGGCUGGGGACUCCGCCUUAUCUCUUUCUUUCUCUCUCUUAUUUAUCCCUUUCCCAUCUGCCUCUUUCUUUGGCUGUUUCCUUGGGCUGUUGUCAGUGGGCUGCUCCCGCAGCGGUGGCAGAGCUGAGCUGGGGGAGGGAGAGAGUUUGCAGCUAUUUUCAUAUGAGAUGAUGAGUUUCCUUGAGUUAAGACACAUCCCUUCCUGAGCCACAGAGAGUUUUGUACUACAUGGUUUCUGUCCUUCCCAGUGUUUCUCUCUCUGCAUGUUUCAGUGGGGUACUUGUUUUGAGGAGGACAGUUGUGUGAGGUACGUGGGUGAUGCCAGCACAGGCUCCUCCAGAGCUGGUGCUUAU